AUGUCCAUAGCUCUGAAGCAGGUGUUCAACAAGGACAAGACCUUCCGGCCCAAGAGGAAAUUCGAACCCGGCACCCAGAGGUUUGAGCUCCACAAACGAGCUCAGGCGUCCCUCAACUCAGGCGUGGACCUGAAGGCGGCGGUGCAGCUGCCCAGUGGGGAGGACCAGAAUGACUGGGUGGCUGUGCACGUGGUGGACUUCUUCAAUCGGAUCAACCUCAUCUACGGCACCAUCUGCGAGUUCUGCACCGAGAGGACCUGCCCUGUGAUGUCAGGGGGCCCCAAAUACGAGUAUCGGUGGCAGGAUGACCUCAAGUACAAGAAGCCGACCGCACUGCCCGCUCCCCAGUACAUGAACCUCCUGAUGGAUUGGAUCGAGGUCCAGAUCAACAACGAAGACAUCUUCCCAACAUGUGUGGGUGUCCCCUUCCCAAAGAACUUCCUGCAGAUCUGCAAGAAGAUCCUGUGCCGCCUCUUCCGGGUCUUCGUGCACGUCUACAUCCACCACUUCGACCGGGUCAUUGUGAUGGGUGCGGAGGCCCACGUCAACACCUGCUACAAGCACUUCUACUACUUCGUCACGGAGAUGAACCUCAUCGACCGCAAGGAGCUGGAGCCCCUGAAGGAGAUGACCAGCCGGAUGUGUCACUAG